AUGAGAAUAAGAAGAGGAACAGGAAGAAGAAGAAGAAGAAGAAGGAGAAGAAGGAGAAGAAUAGGAAGAAAUAGAAAGCGGCAGUUUGGUUGCUGCAGAGCUUUGACUGGAGACGUUUGUGUAUACCAGCCCCACUUCGCCCCUUGGGAUUUCCCGCCACGGAUCUUUUUGGAUCUCGGUUCACGUUUGGCUGAAACCGCAGCUGCCCCUUACGAAGCCCCCAGAUUGCCGGAUCCCCCCGCCGAAGGGGUUUUCUCCAAGCAGGACUGCGGAGACGAUGCCUUCUUCCUGGCUGGCGGCAAGCAGACCUUAACUGUUGGCGUGGCCGACGGCGUCAGUAGCUGGGCAAGGUACGGCAUCAAUCCGGCGCUCUUCGCCUGGGAGCUGAUGGUGCGCUGUGAGGGUGCCGUGGGAUGUGCGGCCACGGAUGGCUCCCUGGAUGCUGGGGAAAUCUUGACCGAGGGCUUUGAGAGCGCGGUCCGUGAGAGUGGCAGGCACAUGGUGGGAAGCAGCACGGCUUGCAUCGCGUCCCUGGAUUGCAGCGCUGGCGAGCUGGAAGUCGCCAACCUUGGGGACAGUGGGGCCAUCGUCGUUCAGCCCGAUGGCCACGUGCAUUAUUUCAACUGUCCGUACCAGCUGGUCUGUGUGCCACCAUCGCGCCUCGGUGGUGCAAACAAUGGUGAUCUGCCCGCAAGCAGCGACAAGUACGUCACGCAGGUCCGUGCCGGGGAUGUCCUGAUCUUAGCCACCGACGGCUUCUUCGACAACGUGUGGAAGGACCGGGCGGUCGAAGUGUCUCGGACGAGCACAAGACACUUGACCUUGCGGCCUUUUGCCUUAUAG